GCAGCAACAAGCACUGUCAUAUCGUCACACUUGUUGAGAGUUGGCGCCUGCUGCAGGUAAGCAGGCUGACUGCAGGCUUUCCGUUGCAUCUCAUCUCCACUGUACACCUCUAUCCCGGCUUCGAAAAUUACGGUUUACGACCGGCGGGACGGUAUCGUUCGUACUGCGGCGAUAUUCGGCAGCGCCAUGCUUGCCCUCAAACCAUCAGUUGGCUGAUCGGCGCGAGUCAGCCGGCAAGGAAGGCGCUUUUUGGGUGGUGUAGGUGAUACAAAAGAGAUGAUUGCACUUCCUUGAAAUAAAGACUCUCACCCUUCAAGAAUGCUGUCUUUCGGACAUUGUCUCUUGAUUUCUCCUUUCAUCACCCCAGACCCAGAAUGCCUCUUAACCCUCUCUCGUCAAUUGGGCUUCAAACCGCCGUUGUGGUGACAACGAUUGGGUUUACCUCGGCUCAUUCGGCCCUGAGGCCCGGUGCUCUGCUUCUCGCUGGAAUUUGCACUGGCCACUGUAUCUCCACGGCCAUUGAUUACUUCAUUCGCUCGCCCUGGGCUAGCCUCGCGGGAGGUUACUCCGUGAUGCUCCUCCUCCAUUUUGUCGAUAUCGGGCUCCUCACACGAUGGGAAUUUCCUCCGACCAACCGCCGCGACAAGAUUGCCGCCGAGUCGUCGCGUGAGCAUUCGCAGGGGGUAUCAAUCCCGUCAUGGGCGGACCGACUACGUUUUGGCAUUUCGGCUUCAAUAAAUGCGCGAUGCAUCGGGACACCCGAUCAAGUCCGCAACAUUUAUCCGUCGCACCAUCAAGGUCGAGCCGCCUUCCUUUAUCGAACGGCUGGGUUCGCGAUCCUCAGCUACGUAUUCCUCGACUUUUUCGGAAUCAUGGAAGAUCCGGAAAUAGGAAAUCGCUUCCUUGUCGCAUCUCGAGUACCAAUAUUCCGGCGCUUGUCUGAACUUACUGCGGAGGAGGUGAUCAUUCGAAUCUUGUUCACUGCCUCAACUGCGGUUGCGCUUGUGAGUAUUCAGGGAGGUAUCUACAACCUUUUUGCAUUUACAAGUGUACUCUCCGGAUUCAGUGAGCCACAAGAGUGGCCUUCUUUCUACGGAUCACUAUCGGAUGCUUAUAGUUUGCGAAGGGUAUGGAGUCGCGUCUGGCACCAGUGCAAUACCCACAAGUUUCGCGCCAUUGCCCGAUAUCUGACCCGGGAUGUCCUUGGCUUCUCCUCGGGAACCCUAAAAGGUCAAUAUGCACAGGUCCUGACGGUAUUCGCAGUAUCGUCUGUCAUGCAUCUUCUUAUUGAUCUAUCGGCGGGCGUAUCAAUCUCGAAAUCCGGGGCCUUGCAAUUCUUCGGCACACAAGCAUUGGGCAUCGUUGUGGAGGACUUGGUCAGCCGGAUGUAUUCUGCACUACGAGGCCUUUCCCCCAAUCGAUCGGUUUCUAAGGGGGAACGGUUCCUAGGGUUCCUCUGGGUGGGCGGUUUCCUGGUCUGGUCGCUGCCCUCAUAUAUUUAUCCACUGUUGUAUCGGACUAACAUGGGCGAAAAUGAUUGUGUGGUACCGGUGAGCAUCAUAGGAUCUUUGCUGUGA